UCGUUUUGUACAUCCUCGGGAGCUCUGGAUAAAGGCCUGUCCACCUUGCUCUGCCCGCUCACACAGUGUCCACAACACCAUGAUACGGCUCCAACCUCAAACGCUCUUCCUUCUUCCUCAAGGGUCUCUGAUCCCAUCUCCAAAACCCUCCAAAAACCCUAACCCUAAAACACCCAAAUCGCUCUCCAACUCCCUCAGGCCAACCCUCAAUUCCCCAAAUUACCCCCCACUUUCCCACCACCCAAACACUUCCGAUUCCGGCCUCCUUUUCCGGGAAAAGGUCCUCUACUUAGAAACCCACCUCAACGUCAAUUCCCAAAAAGCCCUCCAACUCAACCCAGAUUUCCGCUCCUGCCCUAUAUCCUCCCUCAAGACCGUCGAGAACUGCCUCUCCUCCAUGGGCAUCGAGCGCUCAGCUUUCGGUCGGAUCCUCGACAUGUACCCGCAGCUUCUCACUGUGGACCCGCACACCCAUCUCUAUCCAAUCUUCGAUUUUCUACUCAACGAGGUCCUAAUCCCCUUCCCCGAUAUACGAAAGUCCAUGAUUCGGUGCCCUAGACUCCUGGUCUGCGACGUAGACGACCAAUUGCGGCCCGCAUUGAAGUUCUUGACCGAAUUGGGGUUCGUGGGUCGGAGUUCGAUCACUUGCCAGACGACAUUGCUGUUGGUUUCGAGCGUUGAAGGUACCCUUUUGCCCAAGAUUCAGUAUUUGCAGAGCUUGGGGCUUAGCUAUGAGGAGGUGGUCAACAUGGUGAUAAGGUCACCUGGGUUGUUGACUUUUAGCAUAAAAAACAAUUACAAGCCUAAAGUUGAGUUCCUUUUGAAGGAAAUGAAGAAAGAUAUUGCAGAGCUGAAGAGGUUUCCUCAGUACUUUUCGUUUAGCUUGGAGGGCAAGAUUAAGCCCAGGCAUAGAUUGUUAGUUGAGCACGGCUUUUCUCUUCCUUUGCGGGAGAUGCUGAAGGUCAGUGAUGGGGAGUUUAAUGUUCGGUUGAUUGAGAUGCGAUUGGGGUCGGUCGAGGGAAGCUGGUUGUAAUCCGACCUUGCUUGUAACUUGAAUUUUGUAUAUGAAACUGCUAGCCAAUUGUGUUGAUUUUAAGGUGUUCUAUAGUUACUCUGCAAUGGCCUAAGUUUUCUGUGGCAAGCUUGAAUGUUAAGUUUGUGAUAUGUACAUAAUGAGGAUUCUCGAAAGGAAAUUUGGUACUAGCUAGAAUGGUAUAUUAUGGCUGAUUAUGCUA